AUGUCCAAGACUGAUGAUAUGACUACCUUUGGCUCAUUCGAGCCCACACUGGCCGUCGACAAACCCCUCACAUGGUGGAAAACGCUUUUGAUCUUCUGGGACGCACUUUCGAGCACCGCCCUAAGUAGAUGUUGGCCUGCAUUGAUUGUUACUGCUAUCUGGUCGUCCUCAAUAUGCGUGCUUAACUAUUACACGCACGGAAAGGUGUCAAUUCAGCCGACUGUUAUCACCGUGUUCGGUACCGUCCUCGGUUUCAUAAUAUCUUUUCGGACAUCGUCCAGUUUCGAGCGUUAUAAUGAGGGUGCAAAACUCUGGUCUCAUAUCGUGUUAAACUGCCGCACCUUUGCUCGGACCGUGUGGUUUCAUGUUCCAGAUAAUGCUUUUCCAGCUCCCCCAAAGGAUUGUCAUCGUCCAAUUGCUGAUGAAAUCACCGACCAGGACCCAGCGAAGACCCACAAGGAAUACGCUAUGACCCUGAUUGAGAAGAAGACGGUAGUGAAUUUACUCGAGGCAUUUGUACCCUCUCGUCCCUUCCUCUCUUCACGUCAUUACUCGUUUCCCGCCAUUAUCCCUUCUAAAAAUGACCAAAUUCGGAUAUUACGCCGUAGGCAUACACAUGACUUGAAUCACGACGAAUCGGAAUUCUCUGGAGGCGCAGUCGCUCAAACCCACGAAAUGGCAGUGCCCGGAUCUUUGUCAAGACCUGAUAAUCGAUCAUUUUGGACGGGCACCACCACCAAAACCAUCGCACCGCCUUACUAUGAUGCAGAGUCUCUUCUACCCGCCGAAUUACCUCCUAGGCACGGCUGGCGAGCAGCCUUUCCAUUUCCGAUCUUCUUUUGGGUAUGGGGAAUCAUAAAGAAACAUUCUUGUAAGCUUGGAGCAGAUAACACACGUCAAAAUUUCCGCCCCAGCAAAAAUAACGUCCCUUUGGAGAUAUCUUUGUACUUGACAUCUUACAUUUCUGCACUGCAAACCCGUGGAACUGUGGGUGACUCAACUUUAGGCGUGCUUUGUGAGACCCUUAAUCAUCUCGUGGAAACCCUGACUGGGUUGGAAAGGAUUCUUGCCACUCCGAUUCCGUUUUCUUACUCCUCGCACCUAUGGAUGAUCACAGUGCUUUACUGUGCAGCUUUGCCAUUCCAGCUAUGGUCCACACUUAAAUGGUUCACCAUUCCAGCGACUGUGAUUGCUAGUUUGGCUUUCUAUGGCUUUCUUAUGGCCGGGGAGGAAAUUGAAAGGAAGGAACUUCAUGCUAUUACAGCGACGCCAGCCCCAAACCCAGCGGUAUGGGCGUUCUCGAAAGAGAAUAAUUUUCUUCAAGUUGGACAAUAUUCGAAGGAGAAUUCGGACAAGAUACCAGCAGCCUGGGUUGACAAGGGGAGGGAGGAGAUUCUCCGUGCUUUGCAUGGGUCUCAAAACAUCUAA